CGCCAUUCCUAUAUAUAUGUUCUUGGGUGUAAAAAGCUAAAGACACCUUGCAUUUUCCAGUCUCAUUUUGCUCUGCCCUUUGCAAUCAUCUUCCUUCGUUUCCUUUGAUCGUUUCCAAACAAGAUAACAACAUGGCUGAAAUUGCAAUUGCAGCUGCCGGCAUGUUUAUCUCUCCCAUCGUUCAAGUGUUUUUUGAAAGAAUGGCGUCUGGCGAUUUCGUUGACUUAUUUCGGGGACGAAAACUCGAUGAUGGGCUCUUAACGAGGUUGAAGAUAAAAUUGCUGUCCGUGAAUGCAGUGCUUAAGGAUGCGGAGGAGAAGCAAUUUACAAGGCCUGAUGUGAAAGUGUGGGUUGAUGCUGUCUAUGAUGCUGUCUAUGAUGCUGAGCAAGUCUUGGACGAGAUUUCUACAAAAGCCCAGCAACACAAGUUGGAUGCUGAAUUUGGAAACUUUGGAAGUAAGGUACGUAACUCCAUCACUAGAUCUACUUCGGGUUUUGUCAAGAAGGUAGAAAAACAGAUAGAAAACCUACUUGUCAUACUAGAUUUUCUAGUAAAUGAAAAGGAGAAUUUAGGUUUGAGAGAAGGUGUUGGAGGGAAUCCAUCAGAAAGACUGCCCACCACUUCUUUGGUCGAUGAAUCUCGUAUUUUUGGUAGAGAUGAUGAUAAAAAGGCAAUAAUUAACUUGUUGCUCUCAGAUGGUGCAAGUGACGAUGAGACGGGUGUGAUUGCCAUAGUUGGCAUGGGGGGAAUUGGUAAAACCACCCUUGCCCAACUUGUUUAUAAUGAUGACAGGCUGAAGGGCCAUUUUGAGCAUAAAGCAUGGGUUUGUGUUUCAGAUCCAUUUAACGUGUUCGUGGUCAUGAGAACAAUUAUAGAGGCAGUAACUCGAUCACCUUGUGAUAUUAAGGAUAAUUUAGAUCAACUUCAAAAUGAUCUCAAGGAGAGAUUAACAGGAAAGAAAUUCCUAGUUGUUUUAGACGAUGUUUGGGAGAAGAAUGAUGCCAAAUGGAUGGUCUUACGUAAUGCUCUUAAAUUUGGGGCACAAGGAAGUAAGGUUAUUAUAACAACACGCAAUCAUGAGGUGGCAAGAAUCAUGGACGGUAAAGUCCAUCCUAUAACUGAUUUAUCAAAAGAAGAUUGUUGGUCACUAUUUGCAAAAUAUGCAUUCCCCAAUGGUAACUUUAAUGCAUAUCCACAACUUAAAGAAAUAGGAAGCCAAAUUGUAGAAAAGUGCAGAGGCUUACCUUUAGCAAUCACUGCAAUUGGGGGUCUUUUGCGGUCUAAUUUAUGUGUUAAUGAAUGGGAUAAGAUAUUGAGGAGUGAAUUAUGGGAUUCACCAAUUAAACAUACAGACAUUCUUCCUGCUCUAAUUUUAAGUUAUAAAUAUCUUCCGCCACCUCUAAGGCGAUGCUUUGCAUACUGCUCCAUAUUUCCAAAGGGUUAUGCUUUCAAAAAAGAUCAAUUAGUCUCAUUAUGGAUGGCGGAAGGUUUUUUGCCACAACCCCAAAACAUAACAAUGGAAGAAGUUGGUGAUGAAUACUUCCUUGCUCUUGUAUCGAGAUCGUUAUUUCGACAAUCCAAGAGCGAUGGGCGUGAUGAAUAUGUAAGGCGUGAUAUUGUCAUAGAUGAGCACGAUAAAUAUGUAAUGCAUGAUCUUGUCAGCGAUUUGGCAAAGUUUAUAUCUAAGGAGUUCACUUUAUGCCACAAAGAUGACUAUUCUCGUGAAAUUCUGAGCAAGACUCGCCAUUUUUCUUCUUCCCAAAAUUUUGAUAUUAAGAAGUUAGAAACCUUUCAUGAAUCUAUGAGGUUGCGCACUUUCAUACAGUUGAAUUAUUUAAAUGAUUUCUCAAUUUUUUCUUUCAGAUCUGGAAUCAAAUUUUUAUCACCGAUGAUAAGAUGCUUACGGGUCCUUAUUCUUUCUUGGGAUAUAAGUGAGUUGCCAGACUCAAUUGGUAAAUUUAAACAUUUACGUUAUUUGAGACUUCUUAGCCUUGGGAUUAGAAGGUUGCCUGAUUCCAUAUGUAAAUUGUGCAAUUUGCAAAUAUUGGAUGUAUCACAUUGUAGGCAUCUUGCUGCCUUGCCAAGAGAUAUGCAUAAACUCAUUAAUUUGCGUCAUCUUGAUAUUACUGAAACUUGGAUAAUAGAGAUGCCAAUAAAUUUGGGUAAACUAAAAUGUCUUCAAACGUUAUCUACAUUUUUUGUCGGCAAACAUAGUGGAUAUGGCAUUGAAGAGCUAGGAAAACUUACAAAUCUUCGGGGAUCACUUUCUAUUUUGAAGCUCCAAAAUGUUGAAUCUCCUGCAGAUGCUGAGGGUGUAAAUUUGAGGGAUAUGAAGUUCCUUGAGAAAUUGGUAUUGGAGUGGGAAGUUGAUACGAAUGCUUCAGCAAGUCAUAAAAUUGUUCUUAAUAGUCUCCAGCCCUAUACAAACUUGGAAAGCCUCACUAUCAAAAGCUAUGGUGGUAUAAGUUUUCCAGAUUGGGUUGGGGAUGCUUCAUUCUCUAAUAUAGCAUCCCUUCGUCUAGAAAACUGUAAAUUUUGUUGUAACUUACCACCACUUGGACAACUACCCUCUCUGCAAUACCUCUUGAUUGUUGGGUUGGCUGGAGUUGUUACGAUAGAUUGUCAGUUUUAUGGCAGUGGAUCUCCUUCAAUGAAGCCAUUUGGAGCCUUGAAAUAUCUACGGUUCUCUGAUAUGUUAGAGUGGAAGGAAUGGUCUCCUUUUGAGGCUAAAAAUGAAGGUCAAGCUUUUCCUAAUCUUAGAGAUCUUUACAUUUCUAAUUGCCCUAAGCUUACAAGUGGGUUGCCCGCCCACCUUCCUUAUUUAGCCGAACUUUCCAUUGAUAAUUGUCCCCAGCUGGUGGCUUCAAUCCCUAGGGCUUCUUCUCUAUGUAAACUGAAGUUUUCAAAUUGCAAUAUGGUUCUAUUAAACGAAUCGCCGACUGGAAUACAGGAGCUUAGCAUCGAAAUCUGUUGGAAGUUAGAGCUCCCAAUGCACCUAAACUAUUCAUCCCUUGAUAUUUUGACGUUGGACGGUUGUGGCUUUCUCAAGUCCUUUCCAUUGUUCCCAAAGCUUCGUCUUGUGGAAAUCUCAAAUUGUGAGGAUCUAGAAUCUCUUACAAUUGGAGAACAACAUGAGCAAGAUUUACUCCUUUUACAGAUAAAAAUCUAUCGGUGCCCGAAUUUUGCAUAUUUUCCACAAGGAGGAUUGCGUGCCCCCUACCUUAAAGAGUUUUUUAUCAACGAUUGUAAGAGUCUUCGUUCACUGCCGGAAAAGAUGCACAUACUUCUUCCCUCUCUCGAGAAAUUGUAUAUAGAAGAUUGUCCAAAAGUUGAGUCAUUUCCUGAAGGGGGCUUGCCUACCAAUAUGAAUAAAAUUUCCAUCUUCGAUUGUGAUAAACUCUUUGCGAGCCGGUUGGGGUGGGGUUUGCAAACUCUCCCAUGUGUUAGAAGAUUCUCAAUCGGUGACAAAUCUGAAGAUGCGGAGUCCUUUCCAGAUGAGGGGUUGUUGCCUACCAAUCUUACCUAUCUUCUCAUCAGGAAUUUUCCAAAUUUGAAAUAUUUGAACACGAAAGGGCUUCAACAACUCACUGCUCUUGAAGAUUUGGAGAUCAUGAACUGCCCUAAUUUCAAGUGCAUGUUAGAAGAUGGGCUACCUGCCUCCCUUUCUACUCUAAGGAUCCACGGUUGUCCUUUGUUGGAGAAAGAGUGGAAAAGGAAAGGAGGAGAAGAAUGGGGCAAGAUUGCUCACAUCCCCAACAAAUAUAUUUCUUUCCACACACGAAUUGAAUGAGCAAGGAGUCCAGCAAGAGUCUCCACUUUAUUUUAGAGUCAGGUCAUUCGGAAUGAAAUACAAACUCUACUCAUUGCAGAUGGUCAAUUGCUACAGAUUUUUUUUUUUCAUCUUCUUCUCAACUGCUAUCAUUCUCUUCCAAUAGGCUUUGUUGUUUGUACAGUAUCAAACUGGGUUAAGGCUCCACUAAGAUCUCUGAAAUGCUGUAUAUACAUUUUGUUGGGGUGUCCUUUUGCUUUGGUGGCAAACUCCUCUAGUGAAGGUGUUCCAGCUGGCGGUUCAGAGGUCAUCCAGAAUGAAAUACAAACUCCACUUGUAUGCUCAUAGAUUCGGUUGCAGAUGGUCAACGGCUCCUACUCACUUCUUCUCAACGGGUUCUCCCGCUUCAUCUUUGCCGGACGGGGUUAAAAGGGUAACCGAUGCUUUUUGACACAAUACCCAAUUCACUCCAUUGAGAGCUACAAAAUGGUGCAAUCUCAUGCAUGGUGUCUUUUUGCUUUGAUGGCAAGCUCCCCUGCUGCAAGUGUUUCAGUUGGCGGUUCAAAGGUUUAUGUGCACAACUGAUUUAUUGAAGACAAUUUGCAUAGUGCAUACCUGCAAAUAAAAUGGGUUUGAUGCUUUAGUUACUGCUCACGUUGGAGGUGCAUCCUUAUGGAAGAGCAUAUUGAACCAAUAAUUUAGGAUGAGCCUUCAUCUCACCUAAAGGUAGUUCAAAUAUUCAGAUUUUACUCUAAUGAACAUUUGAAUCUGUGUGAAGAAAUCAGAGAAAAAGAUGUUAUCCUAUCUUGUGAAUUAAUUGUUAUCAAAAUACAGGACUCUCUCAUCAUGCAUAUGGUUUAUUAGCACUUUCAA